AGUUUGGGGAACUCUCAGCGUGAGUAUGAAAAGCAUGUGCUGCUGUACAGCAUCCGCAACCAGCUGCGAUUCCGCAAUAACCUAGUGCGCCACGUGAGGAAGGAUGAGCGCAAGUAUUAUGAGGAGCUCCUGAAGUACAGCCGGGAACACCUGAUGCUGUACCCCUACCAUCUGUCUGACAUCAUGGUGAAAGGCCUGCGAGUCACUCCUUUCUCAUAUUACAUAGGAAUCAUGGAGGAUAUUAUGAACAGUGAGAAGAGUUACGACUCCUUGCCCAACUUCACUGCUGCUGACUGUCUGCGGCUGCUUGGUAUCGGGAGAAACCAGUACAUUGACCUGAUGAACCAAUGCAGGUCUUCCAAAAAAUUCUUCCGCAGGAAGUCAGCGCGGGACCUGCUACCAGCCAAACCAGUGGAAAUCUCUGUGGAGCCGUGGUGGGUGGCGCAGACAGGCUACAUCACUGAGGAUGACAUCAGGAUCUGUUCUCCAGCAGAGAAGAAAGCCAUUGAUAAGAUGAUAGAUGCUGGUCCUCAGCUGGCUGGAUCAAUGGAGUACAAUGUGGUGUUAAGCUUGUACAACCGGGGCUUCAUCUACUUGGAUGUUCCCAUAUCUGAUGACAGCUGCAUCGCAGUGCCCCCGCUGGAAGGCUUUGUCAUGAACCGCGUCCAGGGCGAUUACUUUGAAACGCUUCUCUACAAAAUCUUUGUGUCCAUUGACGAGCAGACGAACGUUGCAGAGCUGGCGAACGUGUUGGAGAUUGACUUGGACUUAGUGAAGAAUGCUGUUUCCAUGUACUGUCGCCUCGGCUUUGCUGUAAAGAAAGGUCAUGUGUUCAACUCAGACCAGCUCCACCCCACCUGGAAGAACGCCCCGUCUGUCAACAGACUCAAGAGCACCAUGGACCCUCAGAAGAUGCUGCUGUCCUGGGAGCAGGGCAGUCCUGUCAUGGAGGGGGGCUCCUCAGCCACUGACACCGACACUACCAGUCUGGAAGACCAAGCAGACACAGCCAGUGUAAGCAGCCUGAGCAUUCCAGCCGCACCCACAAAGAGGAUUGCCUUCCUCUUUGACUCCACCCUUACAGCCUUCCUCAUGAUGGGCAACCUGUCUCCGAACCUGAAGAGUCAUGCAGUCACCAUGUUUGAGGUGGGUAAGCUGUCCGAUGAGACUCUGGACAGUUUCCUGGCUGAGUUGGAGAAGGUGGAGAGCACAGCGGAGGGCGAGGCCCAGCGUUACUUUGACCACGCUCUGACCCUGAAAAAUACCAUCCUCUUCCUGCGCUACAACAAAGAACUCACUCAGGACCAGGGACCUGAUAUCCCAAAUAUAGGUUUCCCCUUGGACAUGCUGCGCUGUGAGAGCCUGCUGGGUCUGGACCAGGCCACCUGCAGCCGUGUCCUCAACAAGAACUACAAGCUGCUGGUCUCAAUGGCGCCGCUAAGCAACGAGAUCAGACCCAUCAGCAGCUGCACGCCUCAGCACAUUGGUCCGGCCAUCCCCGAGGUGAGCUCCAUCUGGUUCAAGCUGUACCUGUAUCACGUGACCGGCCAAGGCCCGCCGUCUUUGCUGCUCUCCAAAGGCUCCAGGCUCCGCAAACUGCCGGACAUAUUCCAGGUCUACGACAGGUUGUUGAUCACCUCCUGGGGUCACGACCCUGGAGUCGUCCCUACGUCUAACGUGCUGACCAUGCUCAACGACGCCCUCACACACUCUGCUGUAUUAAUCCAGGGUCAUGGAAUGCACGGCCAUGGAGAAACGGUUCACAUCCCGUUCCCCUUUGAUGAGGAAGAUCUGAAAGCAGAGUUCUCCUACUCCAACAUGUGUACGCACAAAGCGCUGCAGAAGCUAAAGGAGCAAGUGGACCUGGAGCACCAGUGUGGCUACAUCACCAUGCUCAACUCCAACAACAGGCACCGUCGCAGGGCCAGCGACAGUGCUGAGUGCAGAGGUGACACUCAUCUAGGUGGAGGCCUGGAGACCAACGGCAGCACCGAGUCCUUUGAGCUUGUAACAGAAGAAAACAACGGGGAAAGCAAAGCAAAGACAGACAGCUUUUCAUCUGAAGAUGAAUGGGUCCCUCUUGAACUGUGCUUCGGCAUGCCCCUCUUCAGCUCCGAGCUCAACCGCAAAGUGUGUCGAAAAAUCGCCUCGCACAAACUGUGCAGCAACGAAAGCCUUCAAGAGCUACUUCACUCAAGCCGAAAGCUGUCGCUGAAGGUGUUGAGCUUCGUUCAGUCAUUCCAGGACGGCGUCCAGCCCUGUGACCUGGACAGCGGCGUGUCAAACCCUCUCAGUCAGCCCCCGGCGGAGUCCGGUGUCCCCCUGCCCGCCCUCAACCUCCUCUUCAAGGACGGGCAGCUGAAGGAGUGGAGCGGGCGGGCCCCUCCUCCUCUGGACAUCUCAGCGCUGCAGAAGGACCAACCCACAUAAGCCCCUCAAAACUUCCAGAUUUGAGGAAAUUCUUAUCCGAGGUUCAAACCCUGCAUCGUCAUCACAAGGAAACACUGUCAUUCAAGAAGCCUCGCCCUCUUGUCCAUCAGCAUCCACUCAUGGGAAAAAUUAGCCCCGCCAGCACUUUGUCAUUUACCUACUGUAUGAGGAAUCAUCCUUCUGACAGUGUUGCCAACACUAGUUCAA